GACAGGGGGGCACGGCCCCACCAGCAAACGCCCGUUUUGAUUGACACCUGCCAUGAACUCUCUCUGCCCAGCCCCCCUUCCUUUCCCAGGCCCCAGGAUCCUUUGCGGACCCCUUCCCCUCCCCCCUCCCCCUGUCCAAGAAUCCCCACGGCUGCCCUUUCUCUUUCUUGGGAAGGGUCAGGUAGCCAGUCAAGGGGAAGGCCCAUGUGUCGCGUCGCAUUUUCCUAAAGCCAGAUCCAGUGCCUCUAUGGGCUUUCCUGAACCCCAGUCCGGGUGGCAGCGUGUCUGCUCCAGCGGCCGUCUUGCUCUGGCCCUGCUGGGAUUCAUUGGUCUGAUCAGCCUCCUGACAGUCGUCUUUGGCAUUACGGGCCACAUGGCUGGCAAAGACCUGAAGAAGAUGGAGGAGAUGCUCCAGAAGGUCAACCGCUCGAUCUCCACGGAGAUGCUCGCUCUGAAACAGAAGGAGACAGACGACUUGAAGAAACUGGCCAAGUUCAACAAGGCUGUGGAGCACCUGACCGACGAGAUGGGAAAAGUGAAGUCUGAGGUCCAGGGCAAAGUGGGAAACCUGCGGAACACCCUCAACACCAUGAACUGCAACGUGGAGGAUAUUAAGCACAACCGGACAGUGAGCAGAGCGCCCUGCUGCCCGGCAGGCUGGGAUUCCUUUGCCAGUCACUGCUAUUGGGUCUCCAGGGCAGAGAAGUCGUGGGACGAAGCCAAAGCUGACUGCGAGGACAAGGAUGCCCACCUGGUCACCAUCACAUCCUACCUGGAGCAGCAAUUCGUGGCCAAGCGCACGAAGCCGCGGUACGCGUGGAUCGGGUUGUCCUUCUCCAGCAGCAGCUGGAAGUGGGUGGACGGGACAUCGUACAGCGUCCGCAGAAUAGACUGGAAAACCGGACACCCCUACCACUUCUUCCAAGGAGUAAACAAUGUGGUGAUCUGUGUCCACCUCCACCGGGACGGGCUAUGGAACGAGGAUCCUUGCAUGCACCGAUACAGCUGGGUGUGCGAGAUGGAACUCAAGGGCUGAGCACGGCUGAGGCACGGACCGGGCAGGCUGCCGGGAGGAGAGCAGGGAAGGGGGAGGGGCUAACUGGUGUGUAGCCAAUGGCCAUGGGGCGUCACGAGCAAAUAAACGCGUGAU